UCCAGGAGAGGGGGGGCAGGGAGAGAGAGAGGGGCAGAUGUCUGAGGUGUGUGUGAGCGUUAAGAGAAGGAAGGGCCCUGCGUUCGGUCUCCUUUCAUUCACCUCCGGCCAAACGCAGGACAUAAACAAGUGAGGACGAGGAGAAGGAAGGAAAAAGGGCCGACUUCAUUCUCUCUCUCCCUGAAGAGGCAGAGUAAUAGAAGAGUUCAUUCCUCCUGGUUGGCUGAAACCAGGAACAAACUUUUCCUCUCUGCUCCGCGGCCCCUGGAAGCCCCGCCCCCUCAGACAUGACGCUGCUGGCAGCCGAGAGGUCCCUCCUCAUCAGGAACAAGUUCCGCUCAGUGCUGCAGCUGAGGAUUCAGAACAGAAAACAGAACGAGAUCAAUGCAGACUCUGGGUUGAAGACAACCUGUCCUUCUCGGAAAGGAGAGGGAGACCAGAGUGAAGCUCUGCGUCUCCCUGAUGACGGAGCCACUCAGACGUCGCCCCCUAGUGGUUUGCAUACGGAUACUGCAAAAGACAGGAAUGUGUGUGGCGCUCAGAGACGGACUAAGCCUCAGAAGACAAUUAUCCUCAAUGGGAAAGCCCAAUAUCCAACCAGGUCCCAGGAGCAGCAGCACAGACACACACUGCUCCCGGAGAACUGUCCUGCCUUCCUCCCCCUCUCCUCGGAUGUCUUCGAAGAGGACAUCUCCUCCCCCCGCUCCUCUUCCUCCUCCUCCUCCCCCCCUGAACGCCACGCCCUCCGCAGAUCCCCCCCCUUCUCCCCGUCUCCGGGGCUGGCGGGGGACCAGCUGAUGAGUGACGUGUCCCCCGCCGGCACGCCGCCCAGCGCCACCCCCAGCACCACCCCCAGGCAUGCGCAGUCUGGUUUGGCGUUGCUCCCGGCAACUGAGGGCAUCAGCCAGCCAAUAGGCAUAACACUGGGCAAAUCGAACUCCAUGGCAACGCCUGGGAGACCAAACGGGAUGUAUUUGACCUCUCAGCAUUCCUCCCUGCUGCCUAAGACAGCUCAGUCCCCCAGCUCGUCCUGCGCCUCGUCCCGCUCGCCCCCCGUCCCGAGCGCGGGCCACCUUCCCCGUCCUCAGAAACAACAGGAGGCCAAGCCCAAGAUGAGGAAGCUCAAGUACCACCCCUACAUUCCCCCCAACCAGAGGGCCACCGCGGCCUCGGGUGUCGGGGCCCAGAAGAAGCAGCGAUUGUCUCUGGACGCGCCCAGUGGAGACACCGAUCAGAAUGUGAGGUUCUCUGACGCCGUGCCCCAGAGCACGCUGGCCGCCCCCACCAAACACCCCCAGUCCCAGGACCCCAGCCCCAGCCUCAAACCGGAGCUCCUGCCUCCCAACCUCGUCGACCUCACGGUGUCAGAGUUGCGGCAGCAGCUGCGUAAGCGGGGCCUCCCCGUCUCUGGCACCAAACCCUCCCUGCUGCAGCGUCUGCAGCCCUUCCAACAGCCCCGCACCUGUCUCACCCCGGCCCCCCUGUGCCAGCUGGGUCCCGGCCUUGAGACCUUUCCCCCCUCGCCCCUGCUGCACCCCGACCUCAGCCCCAGCUCCUGCUCUGGCUCCGGGCCCGACUCGCCCAUCGGCGGCGGGGGCAGCCCCCACCAACAGAGCUUCCUACGGCACAGCAGGGUCCCCAGGGGGGCCGUCCUGGGCUCCCCCAACGGCCUCCCCGAAUCCCGGGUUUCCAGCAGGAUCCUCGACGAAGUCCCCGACGGGUUCUCGGAUGUCGUCUCGGUCAGCACGGCCCGCCGACACUGUGGCCCGAGCGGCACCGCCGUGGUCUUCAUGGACCCCGCCACCGUCCCCUCGGAGACCCCCAGCCCCAGCCUACCGCUGUCCUCCUCCUCCUCCUCGGCCCCCUCGCCCCUGCAGAGCCACGCCUCGUGGAGGACGGAGCAGGAGCUGCACCGCCACGAGCUGAACGUGGUGUGUGAGAUCAGGGAGAGGAUACGCCACCGGCCCAGGGACCGCAGCGGCGGCGCAGACAACAACAACAACAACAACAACAACAACAACAACAUCAACAGCAACGCGCUUUGUGGAGGACCUCUGCAUCCGUUCCUGCAACAGGAUUCAAGAUGCAGAGGGAAGCUGGAGGCAGACGGAAUGCCCGAGGUUUUAUUUACCCAGGUGUUCUGCUGCCAGCCCUGCGAGGCCAUCAGCCAGGACCUGGAGCUGCCGGUGCAGAUCACGGCCAGCCCCGCCCAGUCCUCCCCGGGCGUCCGCAGCCUGGAGGAGGAGCUGCAGGAGGCCAUCCAGAGAGCGCAGAUGGACCCCAGCCAGUCAAUCGAUGACAUUCUGGAUGAGCCGGUCACUUGUUUGGGGUCUGUGGCUCCCACUGAACUCAAACCCUCUGAGCACUUGGCUCCCGGCCCCCCCGAAUCCCCCCACGGGGACCAGCUCCCACCGCCUUCCCAACGCGACGACGAGGACAACUUCCUGUCCUCGCCGCUGUGCUCCUCGCUCCUCCUGGAGCUACCGCCAUCCCCGGCCACGACGGCGUUGAGUCACAUGACCUUGGCCCCUCCCCCGACCAUCCUCUGCUCCUCCCCGCUGCCGCCCACCGGGUCGUCACGGAAACGGAAGGCGGCUUCCACCCUGGACGCGGCCGAUUGGCUGGAGAUGUUGACAUUUGGCUUCCGCCCGCUCACGCCCCCUUCCGCUCCGUUUGUGGAGACGGAUUUCGGUCUGGAUUCCGAUCUGAACGUUAACAGGGUUUUGGAUCUCAUGAUAGAACAGUGGUGAGGCGUGUGUGUGUGUGUGUCUGUCUAUGUGUGUGUGUCUGUGUGUUUCGCGAAUGCUCUGUAUGUGUAGAUGUACGUGUCGUUGGUUCUCCUGGUCGUGAAUGGAACACAGAAUACACUCACCGAUGAUAUUUCUUCAAACAUUGAUCUGGUCCUCCUUUACUCCGUUCAUGUGUUAAGUUCAUCCAUCAUCCAUCCAUCAUCCAUCCAUCAUCCAUCCAUCCAUCAUCCAUUCAUUCAUCAUUCAUUCAUCUGGUUCUACGCAAUGUCGGGGGCCAAACUCAUUGUAGUGAUGAAAUGAUAUAUUGAGCAAAAAACAAUAACACACACACACACACAAAUUAACACACAUACAUACAAACACUCACACACACACUGACACACACACACACACACACGCACUCACGCACCCACCC